AUGGCAAAGAAAUCCAAGACCACAGCCAGCCCUAAGACUCCUGGUGAGAAGAAGCGCGGCUCGUCUGUUGAGGGAACCCCCUCCAAGCAAAAUACCAAGAGCCCUAAGACUCCUGCUAAAAGCCCAAAACAGAAGAAGCAGACCGCUGCUGUCUCUGCUGUUACCGAAAAAGAGUUUGGUUACGUUUCCAAGAAGCAAGCCACCAAAGCAAUUGAUGAAUUGAAAAAAUACCUAGAGCGCUCCAAGGCUGAAGCUCCAAAGAACGGCAAGAGCGAUAUCUUCGAGGAUGCCGAUGAGGAAGACCAUGAUGACAACACCAACUUGUAUUUGAAGUUCGAUUUCAAGAAAUAUUUCUCCGACAGAGCUGUCUUGAAACCUAAGCUCAUCGCUUUGUCUCACCCAUAUAUGUCCAAGGGACUUGACUUUAAGACUUGUUUGUUUGUCAGAGAUAAUUUGAUCCAAAAUGAUGAGGACUUGGAGAAGCUCGAGUCUGCUGAAGUCCCAACCUUGAAGAAGGUAUUGACUUUGUCCCAAUUGAAAACCAUCUACAAGACCUACGAGAAGAGAUUCGAAUUGUUGGACGAGUAUGACUUGUUUGUCGCUGACGACGCCGUCUUCUCCUCCAUUCCAAACACUUUGGGUAAGACAUUCUACGACCAGACCUCCAAGUUCCCUCGUGUCGUUCGUUUGACCUCCACCAAGAACCCUAAGGUUUUGUCUACCACCACUCUUCUGAACCACAUCCAAAAAGCCUUGUCAUCUUCUGCAUACUUGCCACCAGUUGGCACUGAAUUGACCAUCCGUGUUGGAUCGUUGGACUCUAAGUUUACCACCGAGCAGCUUCUUGCUAAUAUCCAGGAUGUUCUCAAAGAGUUCCCUGAAAAGGACUUGGUCACCGUUGGUUUGGCCACCACCCAGCUGCCAACCUUGCCACUUUUCUACACUGACAAGAUUUACGGUGACCAAGACGUUCUCGAGAACGUCAAGGAGACUGAGGUCGAGGAGGAGGAGGACGAUGCCUACACCAAGGCAUUGUUGGAGUUGGCUGACGAGGAGACUGUUGCCGAGGUUCUUGGUAAGAAGUUCCGUGAGUCUAGAAAGAGAAGAAAGCUUGCAGACGGUAAGGUCUCGAAGGCUUAG